CAGAGUGAGGCGAGAAAGUGGGUGAGAUGCGCCGGCAGCACGGCACACCAUAAGUGGCUGUGUGGGCUUUAAAAACGAUGACGCUCCGAGCGCUCUCGCCCCUCGAGGAUAAUGGGCUGAAACGCGGUGAGAGGCUGGCUGAGCACAAGGAAUACGCGCACGGAGCCGCAAACAGCUUUCCUGGAGACGUCGGCCAUUCAGCCCCGCUCCCACAAUGAAUGUUUUCUUCAACUUGAGGGGGUCCAUUGUGAGACAGAUGGUGGAGGACAGAGCAGCGCCAGAGGCAGCCAUGAGCCCUCCACGCCGAUCAUCGAGUUCCCAUGGCGACAGCAGGCCCCCUGCGGAGACCCUGCAGCGGAACAACAGCAGCAACUCCGGUGUUAUUUUGGACAUUUCGGCUCUCAAGAUGGCUGAAGUGGAUACCGAAGUGCCUCCCCUUCCACCUCGCUACCGCUUCAGGGACCUGCUGUUGGGGGACCAGACGUUUCAGAAUGAUGACAGGUAUCAGGAGGAGUACAGUAUGGACUCAACCAAUGCCCAGGUGCAGGUGGAGUUCUACGUGAACGAAAACACCUUCAAGGAGAGGCUGAAGCUUUUCUUCAUCAAAAACCAAAGGUCAAGCUUGAGGAUCCGCCUGUUCAACUUCUCCCUGAAGAUCCUCACCUGCGUCCUCUACACAGUGAGAGUCAGCCUGGAUGACCCCAAGGAGACUCAUGAAAACCCAUGUGCAAUCAUUCGAAACGCCAGCUGGCCAAAUUCGGCAGCAGAGUCACCAGAAAUCAACUGGAAGUUGAUUUUAUGGGUGACGAGACCUGAUCCAUUGUGGGCAAUACAGGUGACAGUGGCUUUAAUCAGUUUCUUGGAGACCAUGCUGAUAACAUAUCUCAGCUACAAGGGCAACAUUUGGGAGCAGCUAUUCCAGAUAUCCUUCAUAUUGGAGAUGAUCAAUACAGUGCCAUUUAUUAUCACAAUCUUCUGGCCUCCUUUGCGAAACAUAUUUGUUCCUGUUUUUCUUAACUGCUGGCUAGCCAAAGGAGCGCUGGAAAACAUGAUCAAUGACUUCCACCGUGCCAUACAAAGGACACACUCGGCCAUGUUCAACCAGGUGUUCAUCCUCUUCUGCACUUUACUGUGUCUGGUUUUCACCGGCGCUUGUGGCAUCCAGCACCUAGAGAGAGCCGGAAAGCACUUGACCCUGUUUGACUCCUUUUACUUCUGCAUCGUGACCUUCUCCACCGUGGGCUACGGAGACGUGACGCCUCAGAUCUGGCCCUCACAACUACUGGUAGUCAUCCUCAUCUGCGUGGCCCUGGUGGUGCUCCCGUUGCAGUUUGAAGAGCUUGCGUACCUUUGGAUGGAGAGCCAGAAAUUAGGCGGAAACUACAGUCGCCACCGAGCACAGACGGAGAAGCAUGUGGUGUUGUGCGUCAGCUCGCUGAAGAUAGACCUGCUGAUGGAUUUCCUCAAUGAGUUCUAUGCUCAUCCCAGGUUGCAGGAUUAUUACGUGGUGAUCCUGUGUCCCACCGAUAUAGACAUUCAGGUUCGCCGCAUUCUCCAGAUACCGCUGUGGUCCCAGAGGGUCAUCUACCUUCAAGGAUCCGCCCUCAAAGACCAGGACCUGAUGAGGGCCAAAAUGGACGAUGCCGAGGCUUGUUUCAUCCUCAGCAGCAGGAACGAGGGCGACCGAACUGCUGCGGACCAUCAGACUAUUUUGAGGGCUUGGGCCGCAAAGGACUUUGCUCCUAACUGUCCGCUCUACGUACAGAUUCUCAAGCCGGAAAACAAAUUUCAUGUUAAAUUUGCCGAUCACGUCGUAUGCGAAGAGGAGUUCAAGUACGCCAUGCUUGCACUGAACUGCGUGUGUCCGGCCAUGUCCACCUUAGUGACGCUCCUCGUUCACACCUCCAGAGGACAGGAAGGUCAGUUGUCACCGGAGCAGUGGCAAAGGAUGUACGGGCGCUGCUCGGGCAACGAGGUCUACCACAUCCGGUUGUGCGACAGCAAGUUUUUCGGGGAAUAUGACGGCAAGAGCUUCACUUACGCCUCCUUCCAUGCGCAUAAGAAGUACGGCGUGUGCCUGAUCGGCGUUAAGCGGGAGGACAACAAGAGCAUCCUGUUGAACCCCGGCCCGCGCCACAUCAUGGCCGCCACCGACACCUGCUACUACAUCAACAUCACCAAGGAGGAGAACUCGGCCUUCAUCUUCAAACAGGAGGAGAAGCACAACAAGAGCCUGUCCGUCGCCGGGCUUUACGACGCCCCCUCCAGGCUGCCCGUGCAUAGCAUCAUUGCCAGCAUGGUUGAUCAGGCCACUUCAUAUGGCACCGUGGCCAUUGACCUCCAGAACCCAGAUCCCCCGGAAGAAACCAGUAAGCUGACCUUACCGGCGGAGAACGGCGCCGGUAGCCGCAGGCCAAGCAUCGCGCCGGUCCUCGAGAUCGCGGACUCCUCCGCCAUUCUGCCGUGCGACCUCCUCAGCGACCAGUCGGAAGACGAGACCAACCAAUCGGAUGAGGAGGGCUCCGUCGGGUCAGAUUUCGUGAAGGGCUACCCUCCCAACUCCCCUUACAUCGGCAGCUCGCCGACACUGUGCCACCUCCUUCCGCAGAAGGCGCCAUUUUGCUGCCUGCGCCUUGACAAGGGCUGUACGCACAACAGCUUCGAAGAUGCCAAAGCGUACGGCUUCAAGAACAAGCUGAUCAUCGUGUCUGCCGAGACGGCUGGCAACGGUUUGUACAACUUCAUCGUCCCCCUCCGAGCGUACUACCGACCCCGGAAGGAGCUCAAUCCCAUUGUGCUUCUGCUGGACUACCCCCCAGACAACCACUUCUUAGAGGCCAUUUGCUGCUUCCCGAUGGUCUACUUCAUGGCCGGCACCAUCGAUAACUUAGACAACCUGCUGCAGUGUGGAAUCAUCUACGCUGACAAUUUGGUGGUGGUGGACAAGGAGAGCACCAUGAGUGCCGAGGAGGACUACAUGGCCGACGCCAAGACCAUCGUCAAUGUCCAGACGAUGUUCAGACUGUUCCCGAGUCUCAGCAUCAUCACUGAGCUCACGCAUCCAUCCAACAUGAGGUUCAUGCAGUUCCGAGCCAAGGACUGCUACUCGCUCGCGCUUUCUAAACUCGAAAAGGUGCGGAAGACAAACAAAAACGGUACUGCCGCAAAUCCAGACAUUUCAACUUCAUUUCAUUUUAGCCAUGUUUUUUUUUUCCAGAUAGAACGAGAUAAGGGCUCCAAUCUGGCCUUCAUGUUCCGCUUGCCAUUUGCAGCGGGCCGGGUGUUCAGUAUCAGCAUGUUGGAUACGCUGCUCUACCAGUCAUUCGUGAAAGACUACAUGAUAGUUAUCGCCAGGCUUCUUCUUGGUCUGGACACGACACCGGGUUCCGGUUAUCUAUGCGUUAUGAAGAUCACAGAGGAGGACUUGUGGAUCAGAACAUACGGCAGACUCUUCCAAAAACUGUGUUCCUCCAGCGCCGAGAUCCCCAUCGGGAUCUACCGCACCGAGUCGCACAUGUUCUCCACAUCCGAGUGUAAGGACAGUUACGUGCAGUCUCAGGUGUCCAUCAACGUGGGGCAAGGCGAGCAGCAUCGCGACCGCAAGGAGUCGUGGAAGGAGAAGACGGCGCACCGGAACUCCAGCGCCAGCGAGCAGUCGGAGAACCCGCUGCUGAGGAAGAAGAGCAUGCAGUGGGCGCGGCGCCUGAGCAGGAAGAACACCAACAAGCCCUCCAGCCGGGCCGAGCGCAUCUCGCAGCAGCGCCUCAACCUGUACCGCCGCUCCGAGCGCCAGGAGCUGUCCGAGCUGGUCAAGAACCGCAUGAAGCACCUGGGCUUGCCCACCGUGGGAUACGGGAGAAGCCCAAACGCUCCUGACCUUCUGAAGGAUGUUUCUAAUCUCACUGCGAGCGAUGUGAUGAAUCGAGUAAAUCUAGGAUAUUUGCAAGAGUUGCAGGACAUAUCAGAGCAGCCGUAUACAGACGGGAGCCGGCCGUCAGAUGAGAUGAACGACCACCAGAAUACGCUCUCCUACGUGCUCAUCAACCCGCCUCCGGACACCAUGCUCGAGCUCAAUGACAUCGUAUACAUCAUCCGCUCCGACCCGCUGGCGCACAUGCCCGAGGAAUCCCAAAUGGGCCAGAGUCGGAGCACUCCGAACCAGACGCACUUUGUCUCAGAAACCAGAGACGAGACGCACCUAUGAGCCACACACACACACACACACACACAUACACACACACGCACGUUUGCUACUUGCUUCCACUGAGCCGCCGCAUAUAUUUGCGGGAGGAUGCAUGAAGAGUGCCUCGACAUCCGGAGAUGUCGAUACCGCACCUCACAUUGCCAACUACCACUUGGAGGACAGCCGCGGUGGACAAUAUAGGGCUCGUGGGCUGUAUGCGGCAUUUAAUCUGGCCCAGCGUGCUGUUCUAAAACCAACUCAAACCUCAGAGAAAGUGUCAUGAAAAAGCCCCCAUAAAUGCUCCUUAAUAUGCACUACUCGCAAAAGUUAGAGCUGUUCGCGGGACUCCAAAAAUAUUUUACUUGAUAAAAACAUACAGUGAUGACAUAAUUAAAUGCAAUUUUUUAAAAAACGGUUAAAAGAUUUUGUCACAUUGCACCAAUUGAAUUUCCAUUGGCCACUUUGUAUAAAACUGAUGGACAAAUCAACAGUGUGGCUGUUAUAUCAGCGGUUCCACGCGGAGGAUAAAGACUAUAUGACUAUGAAUACAGUUAUAUUUUUUGUGUACACGAGUUGCGAAGGUAUAUUCGGCUCAUCCUGAAAUGUCCCCCAAAAGCCCGAUAUCGCUACCUUUCUGUAAGUACUGUAUAUUAUGUUUAUUUAAACUGCACACGCACGCUUUGUGCCCUUGUGCCUUGCGUUGGUGGGGCACCCAUCAGGGCAGCCGACAUCCCAAUUCACUCGAUCUUAACACUCAUGCAUUUGAUAUUUGAUUAGAACUGCAACGAUUACUUUGCUUUGUAGUCAACACCACGUUUAGGAGCACAAGCAUCUUACGCCACCGCUCUGUAGGGGGCGCCAUUGACUGUCAAAGAAGUGGACAAUAGUUGCCAUGACGUCAUGGCAGGUUGGUGGACUCUGAUUCAAUGGCGAGUGACUGGUCGCCUCGGCAACAACCUGCUGUAUUGGACUCCUGACCAGAGCGAUGUUGAAGCACUGGAAAUGUUUACGGAACUCUCUCAGCGUCCCCCAAUGGCUAUCAGAAUGCACACAUCUGAGAGAAAGACUAAGUGGCGCUUAUCAGCCAUAUCGUGUGUGGGUGGGUGUGUUUGUUUUUUGUUUUUUAAGUGUUUCGAAACAUAAUUUUUGCUGUGCUAAGGGGAAAAAACAACAGUAUUAUUCAAUGAUUUCAGUGUUUUAAGUGUCCUCGAAUGAUCUGCGGUUUGUGCCAUUAUUUAUUUGUAAAUACUUUUUUGUACACAA